UCACUACACGAAUCUUUCCCUCUCAGACACGGCGAGCGAGCGUCACCCAGAAGGUGUCACUGUUCCUCAUUCACUCUCCUCCUCCAUAAAAGUUGCCUUUCUUCUGCGAUCCCUCUAUCAAAACUGUUGAAACCAAAACCAGAGGAAACGAAACUGUUUUUUUCUCUGCCACUUGUUUUACUUCUCAAACAGCUUACCGUCGCAGAAACUUCCAACAUUCACUUUCUCCAAAGGCAGCGGAAACCUCUCUCUUCCUUCUCUGUUCCUCUCUCGAUUCUUUUGGUCAACUCCGUAUACUAUAUAAAUUUGAUCUUCAUCUUCCCUUCCACGCAGAAUCUCUGUGACCGAUACCUAUUUUUUUCCCAAUAUCUCUUCUAUUACCACGACCACUACUGUUAUUAGCAACUCUGCUCUCACCGGGAUCGGCUGCUCUGAUUGACGUUCUGGGUCGGGUUCUGAAGUUGAGAGAUAUCGGGUCGUGAUGGCGUCUUCUUUCAAUUCUAAACCUAAGAUCAUCAAUGGACCGGGAGGUUAUGUUCUCGAAGAUGUUCCGCAUUUGACCGAUUAUAUUUCUGAUCUUCCAACAUAUCCCAAUCCUUUGCAAGACAAUCCUGCUUACUCUGUCGUUAAACAGUACUUCGUGCAUGAUGAUGACACUGUUCCUCAGAAGGUUGUUGUUCACAAAGAUGGUCCCAGAGGCACACAUUUUCGUCGGGCUGGACCUCGUCAGAAGGUGUAUUUUCAAUCAGACGACGUGAAGGCUGCCAUUGUUACAUGUGGGGGUCUUUGCCCUGGGCUCAACACUGUGAUUAGGGAGUUAGUAUGUGGCUUAAAUCAUAUGUACGGAGUGAACAAGGUCCUUGGAAUCGAUUUAUUCAGUUCUGAGUCUGAGGGAGGUUACAAGGGUUUCUAUGCUCGCAAUACAAUUAAUCUAACUCCCAAGAGUGUGAAUGAUAUCCAUAAACGUGGAGGAACUAUCCUUGGCACAUCACGAGGUGGGCAUGACACCACUAAGAUAGUUGACAGUAUUCAAGAUCGGGGAAUCAAUCAGGUUUACAUAAUUGGAGGGGAUGGAACUCAGAAGGGAGCCUCUAUGAUUUAUGAGGAAGUUAGAAGGCGGGGUCUCAAUGUUGUAGUUGCUGGAAUUCCCAAAACCAUAGAUAAUGACAUCCCGGUAAUUGAUAAAUCCUUUGGAUUUGACACUGCUGUUGAGGAGGCUCAACGUGCUAUAAAUGCAGCACAUGUUGAAUCUGAAAGUAUUGAGAAUGGUAUAGGUGUUGUCAAGCUAAUGGGUCGCAACAGUGGGUUUAUAGCAAUGUAUGCUACACUUGCAAGUAGAGAUGUGGACUGUUGCUUAAUUCCAGAGUCUCCCUUUUACCUUGAAGGUCCAGGCGGGCUUUUCGAGUAUAUAGAGAAAAAACUUAAAGAACAAGGGCACAUGGUAAUUGUAGUUGCUGAGGGGGCAGGACAGGAGCUUGUAUCGCAGAGCAUCCAAUCCAUGCAUAAGCAGGAUGCUUCAGGAAACAAGCUUCUUCAAGAUGUUGGACUAUGGAUAUCCCAAAGGAUUAAGGAUCAUUUUGCCAAGCUCGGUACAAUGAACAUAAACCUCAAAUAUAUAGAUCCAACUUACAUGAUCCGGGCAAUUCCAGGCAAUGCUUCUGAUAACGUGUACUGCACGCUUCUCGCUCAAAGUGUAGUUCAUGGAGCAAUGGCAGGUUACACUGGCUACACAAGUGGACUUGUCAAUGGAAGACAAACUUAUAUACCUUUCUACAGAAUCACAGAGAGACAGCACAAAGUAGUGAUAACUGAUAGAAUGUGGGCUAGGCUUUUAUCCUCCACAAAUCAGCCCACUUUUUGGAGUGCCAAGGAUGUGAUUGAAGACAAGAGAGAAGAAGAACCGUUGGAGCAGUCAGGGGAUGAUGAGCAUUGCCCAGAUGACAACAACUUGAUUGCCAACGAAAUCGUCCCUAUCCCUAAUAAUUCUCAGAAGGUUUAAUGAUCAUUAUUAUUAAUCAAUCCCAUAUUACCCAUAUAAGUAUUAUUUGAGUUAGCCCCUUUUUGCCUUUCCACCUCUAUAAGAUGGCUGAGGAAAUCUCACCCUCCCUUCUUCAAGAUAUUCCUUUAUGUGUUGUUUUGUUUGAUAAUCUGAAAUAAAUCCUCUGUACUUCCCAAUGAAUCUUUAGCUUUCAUAUACAUAUAUGCAUGUCUAUGCAUUCCAUUUA